CCCUCUUAUUUCAAUGACCAGUUAAAUGGCAGAAUGGGGGGCACAUCAAUAGGGCCAUAAUUUUUUGUGAUUCAAAUGUCCCUGGUGGAUUUUUAUUAUAAAGAUUUGCAGAUUAUAAUGGUCUCUUACGUGGAUCUCUAACCUAUAUUUGGCCCCCCAGUGUAGUCUUGGCCACCAAGAUGGUUGAGGCUUCUCACUGGUGUGUCUCAAGGAUAUAUGCUGGUACUUGUUCCAUCUCUGCUUGUAAUCCAGUGGUAAUUAAUAUAGCAAAUUGUUUUUUUAUGAUUUUUCUGCAGAUGCCAGACAGGAGAAUAUUUUCAUUUGCACCUUCCUCUCCUUCCUAACCAAACAUGUUACACUAGUACAUAGCUGAUUAGGUUUUCUUUUUACUGUCUUAAAUACCAUGCAUCAGACUGCUUAUAUUGUGUGAAAAUAUCAUCUACAUCUAGUGCGUGGUAUUUAUUUAUGUUACUUGUUCCCUAACAGACACAGGAUAGUCGACGCAUCAGUUUCACUAAUAGUUCAAUCAAGACACCAGCCACAGCAUUUAUGGGCAGCAGAGCAUCAAGAAGACGAGCUUCCCUCAUGCCAGACUUGAAGCCCUUUCAAGAACUUGCUGCUGUUGCAGCAGCAGCAGCAGCAGCUGCUUCUGCGCCUCUAGUUCUUCCAGUUCUUCACCUACUUCUAAAGACAAAACAGAAAGAAAGUGAAAAGCCUUCUAAUGGGGUUUGGGCCAACAGUAUCACUGAGGAAGGCAGCGAGAGCGGUGAGGAAGGUAACGAGACGUCACAAUCCACCAAUAAAAAUUCAACCUCAAACUCGUCCAUAGCUAACACAUUAGCUCAGCUGCAUCCAGAGCUUUAUGCUGCUGCUGCUGCAGCUGCAUCACUCCCACAGGACUGUAAUCGAAGGUAUGAACUGCAGUGUACCCUUACACUUAAUACAAAUUAAUACAAUAAAAUGCAUGUACAUGUAAACUAUUCUGAAGAAUUUAUUGAAUCAAGUUUGAAACUAACUCAAGUCUAGAACUUUUCCUCUUGAUGUAAUAAUAUUCAUUUUACUUUUUGCUCUGUGUUCAUAAUUAAGAUGUUAAUAGUGGAUGUGGUGUGAUUUUAAGCAAUGUUGAAAU